UGUGGCAUUCAGAAAUUAGGUUCCGGGUUUAAAGUUUUCAUUGGUUGAGGUGAGAGGCGUGGCUCCAGCCUUAGACUAUGAUUGGCCGGAACGUAGUGGGGUUCCCGGAUUGGUGUCUGAGCGUUUGAGGUGGACGGAAGCGUGGUCUGCUGAAGACCUUGGUUACAGAGGCUGGGAGUGUGGCUGUCGUAUACACGUUCGGCACACAGGACUUACCAUCUAGAACUGUUGUCUCCAACAGAUUGGACAACCGUGUCUGGCAUGAGUGGAAUUGUAGUCUCAAGCCCAGAUUCUUAGAUUUCAUACAGAAUAGUCUAUGGCGGACUCGAAGAUGCUGGUGCCGGAGCUAAGCGAGGCCGAGAAGAUGGGCGCUGAGACCGCGCGUUUCGAGGAGCUGCUGCUGCAGGCCUCCAAGGAGCUCCAGCAGGCCCAGACAAGCAGACCAGAAUCUACACAGAUCCAACCACAACCUGGUUUCUGCAUAAAGACCAACUCCUCCGAAGGGAAGGUGUUCAUCAACAUCUGUCACUCCCCUUCCAUCCCUCCUCCGGCCGACAUGACGGAGGACGAGCUGCUUCAAAUGCUGGAGGAAGACCAAGCUGGGUUUCGCAUCCCCAUGAGUCUGGGAGAGCCUCAUGCCGAGCUCGAUGCAAAAGGCCAGGGUUGUACCGCCUACGAUGUAGCCGUCAACAGCGACUUCUACCGGAGGAUGCAGAACAGCGAUUUCUUGCGAGAGCUCGUGGUCACCAUCGCCAGGGAGGGCCUUGAGGACAAAUACAGUCUGCAGCUGAAUCCAGAGUGGCGCAUGCUGAAGAAUCGGCCUUUCCUGGGCUCCAUCUCCCAGCAAAAUAUCCGCUCCCAGCAGCGUCCUCGGAUCCAGGAGCUGGGAAACCUGUACACCCCUAACUCCCUGAGACCUGAGGAAGGCCCCGAGAAGCCACACCUGAACCUUUGGCUGGAAGCCCCUGACCUCCUCUUGGCUGAAAUUGACCUCCCCCGACUGGACGGAGCUCUGGGGCUGUCACUGGAGAUCGGGGAGAACCGCCUGGUGAUGGGGGGCCCCCAGCAGUUGUACCAUCUGGAUGCCUAUAUCCCCCUGCGGAUCAACUCUGAGGAGAGCAAGGCAGCCUUCCAUCAGAAGAGAAAGCAACUGAUGGUGGCGAUGCCCCUUCUGUCAGUGUCUUCUUGAUUGGAUUUCUUUCUGUGCUUCCAAGUGGAGGAAGAGGCUGGUGGGGGGCUUCUCUGAAAUUGAAAUAAAAGAUUUUUGCCUUUG